AUGCGCUUAUCCAGCGCCAACCUGGCCGCCGGGCUUGUCUUGGCUGGUCGAGGUGACGCAGCCACAGCCGAGAGCGUUGCCCGCGCUGACAGCAAACCUGGCUAUCUUGCCGUCCCAGUCGGCUCAAUACCGCGGACGCCUCGCACCGAGAAGCGAGCCCAGAAUGCCAUACAAUCUACGCUGGAAAAUAUGGACUUUUUCUACGCGGCACAAGUUGGUAUUGGCACGCCGCCGCAAAACAUUACAGUUCUCAUCGACACUGGAUCGAGCGAGUUAUGGGUAAAUCCGGAUUGCAGCACGGCGCGGCCGCAAGAUGCAGAGCAAUGCGCCCAGUUUGGCCGGUACAACCCUCGCAAAUCGCGGACGCCGCCGGUAGGGCCGUUUGGGAGCGAAGAGAUCAACUUUGGUGACACGACAGAUGAGUCGACAUUGACGUCUGUCAAGAUUAGAUAUUAUACCGACAACAUUGCUUUUGGCUCGUUGGCCAUCACGAACCAGACAUUUGGCGUAGUGACGGAAAGCGAACGGCAGUCACAAGGCAUCAUGGGCCUGGCGCCCGACCUGCGCACGGGGUUCGACAGCGAGAAGCCGUACAGCCUGGUGCUAAAUAGCAUGGCCAAGCAAGGCGUCAUUGCUAGCAGGGUGUUUUCGCUCGACCUGCGCCACUCGGACGUGAAGACGGGCGCUCUCAUCUACGGCGGACUCGACCGUAGCAAGUUUAUCGGCACCCUGGAAAAACUGCCGAUGGUCCGGGGCCUGCAGGGCGAGGCUCGCCUGGCCGUGUCACUCGACACGCUUGGCAUCACGCUGUCGCAGUCGGAGAACUACAGGCUGCAGGGAAACGACACCAACGUCAUGCUCGACUCGGGCACGACCAUUUCGCGGCUGCAGGCCGACGUGGCGAUGCCGAUCCUGCAGGCGCUGCGCGCCAAACCGGAUGGCGACGGCUACUUUCAGAUUCCUUGCUCGUCGAGGUACCAGCAAGGGUCGGUGGACUUUGGCUUCGGCGGCAUGACGGUCAAGGUGCCGUUCAAGGACUUUAUCAUCAACGUCGGCGACCCGUUCAUGUGCUACGUCGGGAUCGCGCUGACGGAGGGGCAGCAGAUUCUGGGCGACACGGUGCUGCGGGCGGGCUACUUUGUGUUUGACUGGGACAAUGAGGCGGUGCACAUUGCGCAGGCGGCCGACUGCGGCGACGCGGACAUUGUGACGAUUGGUACGGGCAAGAAUGCAGUGCCGUCUGUCACGGGCAACUGCCGCGCGUCCGACAUUCGCUGGACCACGUCGGCAUCGAGCAGCAAGCCGACACAGACCAUCUCGGAUGGCGGCGGCGGCGGCGGCGGCAACCCGGUGGCGACGACGUACACGGUAACGGCGUGCCCGCCGUUUGACCCCAACUGCAAGACGGGCGCGGUCAAUACGGCGACUGCGCAGGCUGCCCCUACCCCUACUGGUGACGGCGAGAACGGAAAGAGCAGCAGCAAUAGUGGCAAGAAGAACAGCGGCGGCGAGAGGCACGGCGUAGUCGGGUCGCUGUUGGUGCUGCUGUGCUCUGUGAGCAUGGGCAGCAUGGUGAUUUCUUUGUUUUAG